AUGUACUCCGCAGGCGUGGAGAUCCUCGGCAUGAUCCUGGCUGUGGCCGGUUGGCUGGGGGUGAUGGUGGCCUGCGGCCUGCCCAUGUGGCGGGUGGCCGCCUACAUCGGUCAGAACAUCGUCAUCUCCCAGGUGAUCUGGGAGGGCUUGUGGAUGAACUGCUCGGUGCAGAGCACGGGUCAGAUGCACUGCAGGGUGCACGACUCCAUGCUGGGGCUACCGGAAGACCUGCAGGCGGCUCGCGCCCUGGUCAUCGUCUCCAUGGUGCUGUGCAUUGUGGGCAUCGGCCUGGCGGUGGCCGGGGCCAAGUGCACCAACUGCAGCCGGGACGUGAGCAGCAAGCCGAAGCUGGUGGUGGCAGCUGGAGGAACCUUCGUGGUGGCCGGACUGCUGCUGCUGGUGGCCGUGUCCUGGACGGCCCACGCCAUCGUCCUGGGCUUCUACGACCCGCUGCUGGAGGAGACGGGGAAGAGGGAGUUUGACAUGCCUUCACUGGGACUGGAGAUCCUCGGAGUGGCCCUUGGCGUCCUGGGAUGGGUCUUGGCCAUCAUGUCCUGCGCCCUGCCCAUGUGGCGAGUGACCGCCUUCAUCGGGGUGAACAUAGUCACCGCUCAGGUCACCUGGGAGGGCAUCUGGAUGAACUGCGUGGUCCAGAGCACCGGGCAGAUGCAGUGUAAAAUCCACGACUCCAUGUUGGCUCUGAGCGGCGACCUGCAGGCGGCCCGGGCCCUCACCAUCAUCUCCAUCUUGUUGGGCGUCCUGGGGGUCAUGGUGGCCAUCAUGGGGGCGAAGUGCACCAACUGCGUGGACGACGAGACGGCCAAAGCCCGGGUGAUGAUAGCUGCUGGCGUGGCCUUCAUCUUGGCCUCUCUGACCCAGCUCAUCCCCGUGUCCUGGUCCGCCAACACCAUCAUCAUGGAGUUCUACAACCCCAUCAUCCCCGAGGCGCAGAAGAGGGAGAUCGGCGCAGCUCUGUACCUGGGCUGGGCCGCGGCCGCAUUCCUGCUCAUCGGCGGCGGCGUCCUCUGCUCCAGUUGCCCCACGCAACCGGAGAAAAGGUACGGGCCGCCGUCCAAGAUGAUUUACUCGCAAACCCGGUCGAUCGCCCCAAGUGACUACAACAGGAGAGACUAUGUCUGAACUCACUCCUGCAGCUUUUCUCACACUUUACCAUCACGGAAAAAACUGCUCAGAGACGAGAGUCAAUUUGAACUGAAACACGGAUCUGAACACGUCGGGUUGAGAUGGAGGAAAAGCUGCUGACACCAAACACGCUUCCUCUGUUAAUGUGUCUGUUUGGGAUAGUGAAGCUACGACUAUAUGUUCGUGAUGUGAUGUUUAUUUUAUACUUUAUUAAACUACUUGUACGAUUUGUUUCCUACAUUUAGAGAACACAUGUUUCUGCGGUCGUACUUUUUUACUGUUUUAACUGUGUUUCAUGAGUUAUUUGUGUAAUGUGAAGAAGCAACCUGAUGCAUCUUUGUUCAAAUCUCCUCAUCUGCAUUGUUGACAUGUUUUUUCAUUAAAGUUCUUGAUUUUGA